AUGCAGCUGUUCAAUAUCACGAGGACCGUUCCCAGGGUUUCCAUCGCUAUAAGCUUCAUCCCCCACUCUACCAUCGCAUCCCCCCGCUUCGGUAGAAUGACCAUCAGGACAAUGGCUACAACAACCUCCAAGCAGCCGGACCCAGACGAUGCCAAGCACCAGAUCAACCUAAUUCGGGGAUGGCCGGCACCACACACACUUCCGGCGGAGCACCUCAGGACCGCGGCGGACCGCAUGCUCACGGAACCCGAUGUGUUCGUCCCGGGCCUGCAGUACGCACCAGACCCAGGCUUUCAGCCGCUGCGGGAGGAGCUCGCGCGCUUCCUGGCCCCUUACUACUACCACAGCCGAGGGCGCACGCCUGACCCGGCCCGUAUCUGCAUCACGGGCGGCGCCAGCCAGAACCUGGGCUGCGUGCUCGGCUCUUUUACCGAUCCGGGUUUCACAAAGGCCGUGUGGGUCGUCGCACCGUGCUAUCACCUCUCAAAUCCCAUAUUUGAAGAUGCGGGGUUCAGAGGACGUCUGAGGGCUGUUCCGGAGGAUGACGAGGGUAUUGAUCUGGACUGGUUGGAGCGGGGUUUGAAGGAGUUUGGCUCCGAUGACCCCAGUGAGCCUGUCUUUAAGAACCUGGCCCCCUCCCGCAAGGCAUACCGUCAUGUCAUUUACUGUGUGCCCACCAGCGCAAACCCAUCAGGUAAAACAAUGAGCGUGCGCCGGCGUGAGGGACUGAUCCGGCUCGCGCGGGAGCACGACGCGCUGGUCAUAAGCGACGACGUUUACGACUUUCUACAGUGGCCAGUCGUGCAACAGCGGCAGGGCUCCCCGCAGCAGCAGCAGCAGCAGCAGCAGCAGCAGUAUAUCCCUCCGCUAACACCGCCGCCGCGCCUGGUUGACAUUGACCGAGACCUGACGGAUAGUCUUGGCCCGAGCCUCUUUGACGCGGGCGGCUUCGGACACGCCGUGAGCAACGGUUCAUUCAGCAAGAUCAUCGGUCCUGGUGUGAGGACUGGCUGGGCCGAGGGCACUCCGGCCUUUACUCUGGGGCUCGCCACGACGGGCAGCAACAGGAGUGGUGGCGCAGCGAGCCAGCUGGCCGCAGUUAUGAUUUGGGAGAUGAUACGCACCGGCGCCCUGGCGGCCCACAUAGACGGGACCGUACGCCCAGACCUGCAGAAGAGGCACGCCCUGCUGCUGGACGCCGUCCGCCAGCACCUCUCACCGCUCGGCGUGACCUUUGAGAAGCCGAGGUCGACGUAUGGCGGGUACUUUGUGUGGCUGACGCUGCCGGACGGCGGCCCGUCGGCGAGCGCCGUGGCCAGCCGCGCGUUGCAGGACGAAAACUUGAUCCUCGCUGCCGGAAGUAUGUUCCAGGUCAAGGGCGACGAGGGCGCCGUGCAGUUCCCGCGGAACCUGAGGCUGUGCUACUCGUGGGAGGACGGAGACACCAUCGUUCAGGGCGUGCAGAGGCUGGCCGGCUUGCUGAAGCGGCUGCAGGAUGAGCCGCCUGCUGAAGACAAGGGUCAGGAUGGACAGAGGUCGUUUGGGUUUGUCUAG